CAGUGGCGGCAGUGGUGGCGGCACGGCGCAGGCACCGGCUCGGGAGCGGCACCAUGAGCGGAUCACAGAACAAUGACCUGAAAAGACAGUUUCUGCUGGAGCGUCUGCUGGAUGCAGUGAAGCAGUGCCAGAUCCGCUUUGGAGGGAGAAAGGAAAUCGCCUCGGAUUCCGACAGCAGGGUAACCUGUCUGUGUGCCCAGUUUGAGGCCGUCCUGCAGCAUGGCCUGAAGAGGAGCCGGGGAUUAGCGUUAACGGCGGCUGCGAUCAAACAGGCAGCAGGCUUCGCCAGCAAAACCGAAACAGAGCCUGUGUUCUGGUUCUACGUGAAGGAGGUCCUCAGCAAGCACGAGCUGCCACGCUUCUACUCCCUGCGCCACAUUGCCUCGGACGUGGGCCGCGGCCGGGCCUGGCUGCGCUGUGCCCUCAACGAACACUCCCUGGAGCGCUACCUGCACAUGCUCCUGGCUGACCGCAGCAGGCUCAGCACUUUUUAUGAAGACUGGUCUUUUGUGAUGGAUGAAGAAAGGUCUAGCAUGCUUCCUACCAUGGCAGCUGGUCUGAACUCCAUCCUCUUUGCAAUCAACAUCGACAACAAGGAUUUGAAUGGGCAGAGUAAGUUUGUUCCUACCGUCUCAGACCUCUUAAAGGAGUCCACGCAGAAUGUGACGUCCCUGCUGAAGGAAUCCACGCAGGGAGUGAGCAGCCUUUUCAGGGAGAUCACAGCAUCAUCCGCCGUCUCUAUCCUCAUCAAACCUGAGCAGGACACUGACCCCCUGCCCGUCGUGUCCAAGCAUGUCAGCGCUGAUGCCAGAUGUAAAAAGGAGCGGAAGAAGAAAAAGAAGGUGACCAACAUUAUCUCUUUUGAUGAUGAGGAAGAGGAGCAGAACUCUGGCGAUGUUUUUAAAAAGAUCCCCGGGGCAGGGGAGAGCUCAGAGGAGAACUCCGACCGCUCCUCCAUCAAUAUCAUGUCGGCCUUUGAAAGCCCCUUUGGGCCAAAUUCCAACGGAAGUCAGAGCAGCAGCUCAUGGAAAAUUGAUUCUCUGUCUUUGAAUGGCGAAUUUGGGUACCAGAAGCUCGAUGUGAAAAGCAUCGACGAUGAAGACGUGGAUGACAACGAGGAUGAUGUGUACGGGAACAUGUCGGGAAGGAAGUGCCUGGGCCACUCGGGGUCGCCUGAGAAGCCGCUGGAUGGGAACACCCGCCUGUCCCAGAUGCACAGCUGGGCCCCUCUGCAGGUGCUACAUGGCGACACCGACGUCCUCUUUCCAGUCAGUGGAGUGGCCUCCUACAGCCCUGCAGAUGCCCCCCUUGGAAGCCUGGAGAACGGGACAGGACUGGAGGACCACGUUCUCCCAGAGCCCGGCCCCCGGUACAGUGUGGAAGCCAGUCCUCCUGGCCAGGGAAGCCCUCUGAGCAGCCUGUUACCUUCUGCCUCCGUGCCAGAGUCGAUGACAAUGAGUGAACUGCGACAAGCCAUUGUGGCCAUGAUGAACAGGAAGGAUGAGCUGGAAGAAGAGAACAGGUCUUUGCGGAACCUGCUGGACGGGGAGAUGGAGCACUCAGCGGCCCUGCGGCAGGAGGUUGACACCUUGAAAAAGAAGGUGGCCGAGCAGGAAGAGCGGCACGUCCUGAAGGUCCAGGCGCUGGCAAGAGAAAACGAGGUGCUCAAAGUCCAACUGAAGAAAUACGUAGGAGCUGUCCAGAUGCUGAAAAGAGAAGGUCAAACCGCUGAAGUUGUACCAAAUCUUUGGAACGUUGAUGGAGAAGUUGCAGUCACUGAGCAGAAGCCUGGCGAAGUGGCCGAGGAGCUGGCGAGCUCCUACGAAAGAAAGCUCAUUGAGGUGGCGGAGAUGCACGGCGAGCUGAUUGAGUUCAACGAGCGCCUGCACAGGGCCCUGGUGGCCAAGGAGGCCCUCGUGUCCCAGAUGAGGCAGGAGCUCAUUGACCUGCGGGGACCGGUGCCUGGAGAUUUGAGUCAAACAUCCGAAGACCAGAGUUUGUCGGAUUUUGAAAUAUCAAACCGGGCACUGAUCAACGUCUGGAUCCCGUCGGUGUUUCUCCGGGGCAAAGCGGCCAAUGCCUUUCACGUGUAUCAGGUCUACAUCCGGAUAAAAGACGAUGAGUGGAAUGUCUAUCGGCGCUACACAGAGUUCAGGAGUUUGCACCACAAGUUACAGAGCAAGUACCCUCAAGUGAGGGGCUACAACUUCCCACCCAAAAAGGCCAUUGGGAACAAGGAUGCCAAGUUUGUGGAGGAGCGGAGGAAGCAGCUCCAGAAUUACCUGCGCAAUGUCAUGAACAAGGUCAUCCAGGUGGCCCCCGAGUUUGCUGCCAGCCCCAAGAAGGAGACCCUCGUGCAGCUGAUGCCCUUCUUUGUUGACAUCACCCCUCCUGGAGAACCGCUGACCAAGAACGCCCGGCCCAAAGUGGCUUCCCGCUUCCCCAAGCUGUCCCGAGGUCACCCCAGAGAGACCCGCAACGUGGAGCCCCAGAGCGGCGACCUCUGACCUCCGCCGAAUCCCAGACUUGGGCCCUAUGUGCUGCACCAGCUGCCUCCACCCAGCCACUCCGCGUCUGACCUGGCCCCAGCAGCCGGCCCCUUCCACCCCGGAGUGAGCCCCCCGUCACCUGGUAAAGCCACGAGAGCGCACCUUCCCCCCCAGUCCCGUGACACUGAUUAAACUGGGCAGUCUCAGAGGGCAAGGCGGCUGCUGGCCGGACACACGGGCGCCCUCCCAGGGCCUGCCCGUUCCUCUCCCUCCAGCCCAGGGGCCGGCAGGAGGGUGGGCGCCAGGGGGAGCGUGGAGCCCCGUGGUGGAGAUGCACAACUCUGAGGUGGGUCAGAAACCACCUCUUGACUCUUCCCCACAUGGGAAUUAGAAUGACUGUUACCCUGGUUUUUUUUUUUUUUUCUUUUAUCAUAACUGCCUGCUGUAACCUAUGGCCAUGUGGGGUUGGGGGGGGAGGUCGCGUUCCUUCCCCUUUUACUCUCUACCAGGGGCCCUAAAACCCUCUGGUUGUAGAAUCCGUGGUCAGUGGUAGCUCACGUGGCCUCCUCGAGGAAAACAUGCUAGUGGCCUUGUGAAGGGACUACUAAGGACCCUGAACUGGGGUGCAUAGAGCACUUCCCCCAACCUUCUGAGGUUGGCUUCGGGAAGGACUAGCCCCUGUAGGAAACCAGAGGCCGCCUGGGCCCACGUGCACCUUGUGAGGCUUGGCAGGCCCUGGGCUGUCCAGAAUUCCAGGGCCUUGACCUUACAAGCCAAGAGGCCUCAAGGUCGUGAGAGAGAGACUCUGUUCUGGGAACUACGAUGGAGCAGGCCACAGGCCCUCGGGCUUGCAGACCACGCUCCAGAGCCCUGCAGAACUCCGCGGGGCUCCCUGGGAAUUCGGACAGUGUGCACUCCCACCAGAUCAUGGUCAUUCCCUGAAGACACGUUCACGCUGUACCCUCUGCCCCCCGCCGUGCUCUCAGUGUGUCCCCCCCCCCCCCCCCCCCAAUCUCUGAGCAGGCCCCCUUGGCAGGAGGGAACUGGGUGAAGAUGAGCUGCUCGGCCCGGUUCCCGCGGCAAGCACUCCCACGUCCCAACACUUCCCAAGAACCGGAGCCGGGCCCCCCUCACUGGCGGCGGGAGCAGAGUUGCCCUGGACUCUGAAACCUCGAGCUGCCCCAGGCCUGCCUCCCCAGGGUGGGUUCCUGCUCCCCCUCAGUCUAGGAAGCAGGGUUGGCAGCAGAUAAGGAGUGGAGCCUCCUGCAGCCUGUUUGGGCACCGGGCCCGACACAUGUCCGAGUGUGAGUCUGACCUCACCUUCUCCAAAAUCCCCACCAGGAACCUGCUUUGACAUUCUGCAGAGGUUAAAAAAAAAAAAAGUGCCCAGAACUACGACGGACAGAUGCUAAGCCUUGAGAAACAAUUACACACUCAGCCUGUAUUUACGAAAGAAGAAACUCUAACUAUUUUUUAAAGCUUAAUUAUUCAUGGAAAACUUGCCCUGCUUUCCUGAAACACAGAUGGAAAAGCUUGUUCCUGGGACCACACACAGCCCAUCCAGGCUGCUUACUACAUGCACCCCCUUUUCGUGAUGCAGCAGAAACCCUAGAACCAUUGUCAGCAUACGCACCACCUCCCCUCAUUUCAGCUCAGAUCCGCAUGCGACAUACACAUGACAGCCACUCCUCAAAGCCUUAACUCUGGAGUCACAGAAUGUUCUGCAGUGGUUACCUCCAUCACUGCUCCAGAUCCCCGCCCUGCUGGGAUGCAGAGAAGCAGUGGAUCUCCAGUUCCUAGACAAAGAACCACAGACCUGGGCCCAGCCAGGUGCGGACUGAGACCCGAUGCACAAAAUGCCACCUUCUCCCCAUGUCCGUGUCGUCUGCUGCCCUUUGGUUCGAUCCAAAUCAGAGGGCUGGCUGGCCCUUGCCCUGCACGACACCCACUCGGCCCCGUGACCCAUCAGAGAUAAACACAGUGCAACGGAGAGAACCAGUAGAAGUUGCUCCCGUCUCCUAGAUCCAGUAAGAUCCUUCGGCACCUCCGAAGUUGGCACCCGAGGAAGGUGGCGGGGCCCACCUGGGAGAGGGCAUUCUCUCCCAUGAUGGUCACCUUUAGCACCACUACCCAGGUACACCCAAGGGCUCUGGUUACAAAGGGAUCACCUCGUUGAGUUGUUGAGACAGGAACAGAGAGGGAGGGAUGGGGCAAGGGUCUGUGGACAGGAGGUAGUUACGCGCUGGGCUCUCCUCCACAGCUGGGCACCUCCUGAGUUCUUGGCUAACCACUCAGAGUUGUCAACAUUGGCGGGGUGUGGGUUGUGCCUUUAAAAACAAAGGGCAAUCAAAGCUGUUGACAGUCGUCGGAUUGAUAGCUCAGCUGCAGCUCAUGCCAAGAGCCAACCGGCAUGGGAGGCCUAAUAAUGCAUCACGUGUUUGGGCCCCGAGUCAGGAAGCGGGAACGGAGAGCUGCCAGCCAGCCCUGUUGAUCAGAAACCACCCUGCUUGCUUCCCCGCACCCCGAACCAGGGUCUCUGUGGCCAGGCUGCACCAAGUGUUCUCUUUCCCUCUCGGCUCCGCAUGGGAAAGUUCACCCACCUGAGGCGCAGGCUUCUAGGCCUCGACCCCCUGCCCCCACAUGUUCACCUUCACCGGGGGAACCGGCCCGCCCCCCCACUUGGAGGCCAGGCCUUGUCCUCUGGGGUCCCCGCAGACACCGCCACACCAGUCUCCUCCAGAAGCCUUCAUGCCUCAGCCUGGAGCCUUUGGACGCACCAGAGCUCGUUCCCGGGGAGGCGCCCUACUCCCGAGGGGCCGUCUUGCCUGGGUGUAGAACUGAGGGCAAAGGACAGGCUCCAUUUUCAGCCUGGAGCGACCGUGCCAGGGCCUCACCUGCCCAGGAACAUCAGACUGGCGUGGAGGCGUCCCAGAAGGGGCACACCUCCUGCCCGAUGUCAACCCCAAAGGCAAUAAUUGUCUUGACCUUUCUUUCCUCUGUGGUUCGUGCGGGACCGUGCCCCACACGCUGGGCUCUGUCCCCAGCCCAGGCCGCGGCAGACAGAGGGUGCUUCCGGCAGGCAGGCAUCUGCUCAGGAGCAAGGUCUUGUACAACCGUCAUUUUUCUAAAUAUUUUGCAUUGUUUCAUUAAAGCUAACAUUCAAUAUUUGCUGUUGGGUUUGGCUUCUGUGCUCAUUUCACACCAUUGUAGCACUGUAUAUUUUAUCUAACGUUUCUGUGCCAAAAAGUUCAUUUUCCUGUUUCUGUAACACGUGGUUUUGAUUAGGUUUCUAAAAUAAAACUUCAGCUACUGGAUCAGUAGGGAGGAGGGGGAACAUGGGCGUGCUCAGAGCCGACUGGCUCUGGGCUCAGCCUGCCCCUGCCCAGAUGCAUCUGCUCAGCUCAACCCCACGGUCUCACCUUCCCCUCAACCAUGAACCACUGUGGUAUACAGACCUGAGGUUGACAAUUCUCUGUGAGGGCAAGGAGCCUCUCCUCGUGUGUCUAAAUCCUCACAACCACAGUGAAUGGGUUUUAACUUAACCUACCCAAUCCAUUCCUUUACAGGAAAAUACAAAAUCUGAUUUCUCUAAAGGAUGGUUGAGCUUACAGCAUGGAGGAGCACCCCACCACAGAACAUGCUGAAUGCACUACUGUUCUGAGGUCCAGGGGUUAGUUCUUAGGGCACAUGCAUGCCUCUCCAUCAUGACUGGAAAACCACUAGCUGACCUCCCCAGGUAGCACCCUUCUCCUCAGAGCCUGAUCGGGUCCCCUUCCUGCUUUCCUGACCUGCACACGGAGAGCCCACUUGUUCACCUUGAAAGACUCUUUCUACCCUCAGUAGAAACUAUGUAGGGAAGGCCCUUGCAAAAAUUGAGACUGAGGCCACAGAAGGAUACAGAACAGCAGACCGCACACUUGCACCCAGUGUUGCUGAAAGGAAGCCUGAAGAACACACAUUUCCCGGAGUGAGGGGGUGGCGGAGCUCACUGGGAUGUUUUCUUAUCUAGCAUCCGGCCAGGAAAGAACGUCUUUGCCUCUGCAGCCUUAGCUUCACCUUUGCUGGCGGCAUCAUUUGGUAGAACUCUUUGCUAACCUUAGCAGAUACGGACUUCCUGGAGGAGGGAGACCGGUGAAUGCAGGAGCCCUGGUGUCCCAGUGGGGAGGCCAUCCCCCCCCGAAGAGUCCCCCUUGGCUGACCGGGUCCCUGCGAGCCCUCUGCCAGGGAGGUGGGGACAUGGCAACACCUGGAGAGUCUAGUCCACCGUCUGGACAUACGUGGGGCCUAGCAGUCUGCAGAUUCGCUCCAAAACGUGUAGUAUUAUGUUAACUACCCUCUUAUGUUAAGGUUUACACAAUAGAAUUUUUAAACAAAUGUGUUUUUCUAAAAUCUCUUGUAUUAAAAUUUUCUUUUGGAAUAAGCUGUGGUAAUUUUGUUACAAUCUGGUUGAGAUACACCUCUUUACAAUGACAAUAAAAACGGUCACGUUUUAUAAAUUA